AGUCAGCAGACCGGAGCGAAGUAAAAAAAAAAAAAAAGAAGAAAAGAUGAUGAGGAUAAAAACAAUGCAUUUGAGGAAAAGCGCGUAUUGUGUGAAUGUUUAAGCGGCGGUGAUGUAGUUGUGAUGGAGCUUGUAGGUUUAGCGGUGUUUCGGGACAGCCCCUAUGUUUUCCUCCAUCAUCAUAUUGGAUGAUAUUGUCAGCAGGACGUUGUUCCUCUGCUGCCCCCCGUCCAUCCCGCCGUACUUGUCAAGUGAACAUGGCGACGGUACCAGUCUAUUGCAUCUGCAGAUUGCCUUACGACGUGACCCAGUUCAUGAUUGAGUGCGACGCCUGCAAGGACUGGUUCCACGGCAGUUGUGUUGGUGUGGAUGAGGAUGACGCUCCAGAUAUUGACAUAUAUCAUUGUCCAAACUGCGAGAAGACCCACGGCAAAUCCACACUAAAAAAGAAAAAGAAUUGGAGCAAGCAUGACACGGGGCAAAGCACAGAUAUCAGAGCAGUUCAGAAUGGCAGUCAAGUUUUCAUAAAGGAGCUAAGAAGUAGAACGUUUCCAAGUGCCGAUGAUAUUGUGGUGAAACUAGGUGGCAGUCAGCUGACUAUGGAUUACCUGGAGGAAAACGGCUUUGAGGAGCCUGUCCUGGUUCAGAAGAAGGAUGGUCUUGGCAUGUCAAUGCCUCCCCCCACCUUCUACAUCAGUGAUGUAGAAAAUUAUGUCGGUCCUGAUGUCGGCGUUGAUGUUGUUGACGUGACAAAACAGACGGAUAGCAAGAUGAAGCUGAAGGAGUUUGUUGAUUAUUACUACAGCACAAACAGAAAGAAAGUAUUAAACGUCAUCAAUCUGGAGUUCUCCGACUCAAGGAUGAACAACAUCGUGGAGAGUCCUCAAAUCGUGCGGAGGUUAUCUUGGGUAGAGAACUACUGGCCUGACGACGCUCUGCUCGGGAAGCCAAAAGUCACAAAAUACUGUCUCAUCUGCGUGAAGGACAGCUACACAGACUUCCACAUCGAGUGCGGCGGUGCUUCUGUCUGGUAUCAUGUAUUAAAGGGAGAGAAGAUCUUCUUCCUCAUCAAGCCCACGUCAGCCAACCUGUCUCUGUACGAGCGCUGGAGGUCCUCAUCCAGUCAUAGUGAAAUGUUCUUUGCUGACCAGGUGGACAAGUGUUACAAAUGCCCUCUCAAGCAAGGACAGACGCUCUUCAUCCCAUCAGGUUGGAUCAACGCAAUACUGACCCCAGUCGACUGCUUGGCGUUCUCUGGCCAUUUUGUCCACAACCUGAGCGUGGAGAUGCAGAUGAGAGCAUAUGAAAUCGAAAAGCGGCUCAAGGUCAAAACUCUCAACCCAUUCCCCAACUUUGAGACGGCAUGCUGGUACGUGGGACGCCAUCUCCUUGAACGAUUCAAAGGUUUACACAAAGCAAAUAAACAGCCUGCACCAUAUCUGGUCCAUGGUGCAAAAAUCAUCAACGGAGCCUUCAGGUCGUGGACUAAAAAACAGGCUCUCUUGGAACAUGAAGAUGAACUUCCAGAGAACAUGAAACCGUCACAGCUCAUUAAGGAUCUUGCCAGAGAGAUUAGACUGUCAGAGAAUGCAACAAAAGCUCUAAAAUGUGAGCCCGGUUUUAAAGUGCCAGUCGAGUGCCCGCUAUCCACACAUUCAGACCCCGAAGAGCCGGUCUCGCCGGCUGAGGUCCCCUCCCCAAGCAGCGAGAUAGCCAGAAAAAAAGCCUCCAAACCCCCUAAACCUCCUAGGCCACCAAACCCCCUAAAGAUGCCCAAGGCUCCUAAACCUCCUAAAUUGCCCAAGGUCAAAGAUGGAGGUAAGAAGAAAAUAAAAAAUCUCAAAGAUUCACCACCUCCACCUAAACCCUCCAGUUUCGCAGCUCUGGAGUCCCAUGCAAAGGACAUCUUGAGUAAGAUGGACCAGCCGAAGAAGACCAAAGGUGUGAAGAAUAUUCUGACUCUGUCAGAAAAGGAAACAUUACAGCAAAACAAUAUGGAAAAGUUUGAAAUCAGAGAGCAGAAUAAAAACAAGACGGAAGCAAAAUGGAAAUAUAAGAAUAGUAAACCAGACUCCCUGCUGAAAAUGGAAGAGGAGUGCAAGUUUGACAGAAUGUCGCUGUUGGGCAAUAAAGACAAAGUCAGCUUUACGAUGGCACGCAAGAAAAUCCUGGGGUCCAAGACACUGAAACCUCAGACCAACACAAGUCAUUUUGGCACCUUACAAAACCUAAAAGAGGAUAAACCGAAGCCAGUGAGAGAUGAGUAUGAAUACGUCUCGGAUGAGGGAGAACUGAAGAUUGACGAGUUCCCCAUUCGACGGAAAAAGAACACAGUAAAGAGAGAUCUUUCCUUUUUGUCAGAAAUCAGAGAACCAAUUCAGCCAGCCAAAAAACCAAAGUUCCAGCCCUUGGUGACAAAGGGCACCGAUUCUUCCGAUGAAGAAACUCUGCAUAUAGACACAGAAGCCAAGCCAGAGAUGAAAUGUCGCAACUCAAAGGCCAAAAAAAAAGGUGGCAGCGCGGCUGGCAUUCUUGACUUGCUGCAGGCCAGCAAGCAAGUGGGCGGGAUUGACUACAGCACCAACAGUCAACCACCAGCAUCUCCCAGCACACAGGAAGCCAUCCAGGGCAUGCUGUCUAUGGCCAACCUGUCAUCGUCAGACAGCUUGCAGCAGCCAUGGAGCAACAAUCAAUCCAGAAACAAUAGUCAGUCAAAGAGCAUCUUGCACAGCUUGCAGACCAGCAAGAAGACCAGCGGGGGUGUCGGCAUCGGUGGCAGCAGCAACAGCAAACAGCCCACAAAGCGGCUCUUUAAGAAACCCCAAAAAAGCAGCAGUAUUGAUAGCCUUGAUUAUGAUGAUGACCAAGAUCACAUGGAUGCCUGCUUUAAGGACUCCGAUUAUGUUUAUCCCUCAUUGGAGUCUGAGGAGGAUAAUCCGGUUUUCAAAUCAAGAUCAAAAAAACGGAAAAGCAGCGACGACAUUCCAUACAGCCCGACAGCUCGUGUAGGACCCUCAGUUCCUCGACAGGAAAGGCCUGCAAGAGACGGAGCGCGAGUAGCCUCCAUAGAAACAGGCCUGGCCGCUGCUGCGGCAAAGCUUUCUCACCAGGAAGAGCAACAAAAAACAAAGAAAAAAAAACUGACCAAAAAGAAGACCGUGAUAGAGGAGCCGCUGAAGAUCUCUCAGGAUAGUAGCUCACCAGACCACAAUCUGGACUCCCAGGAUGGCAGCCUCACAGACCAUGAGUUCAACACUGGAACAGUCAAAUCCCCAGUCGGGCCGCAGCCCAUGGCGCCGGGGGUUUUUCUCAGCCAAAGGCGACCGUCCAUGUCGUCUCCUAACAGCAACACCACAAGCACCAACAGCAACACCACAGCAAAGGCCGAUCGUGGAGCUUCUGCAGAUGCCAAAGCUAAGAGGCUAAAGAAAGGCAUGGCCACAGCCAAACAGAGACUUGGAAAGAUCUUAAAGAUUCAUCGAAAUGGCAAACUCCUCCUGUAGCAUGACGCCAACUGUAGGACUAGGAAGUCCUGAACCUCUUUUCAGGACUCGAGAAAACAUUUUUCAAUUUCCAAGACCGACAUCACGCAAAAUAGGUUUUUGCCUGUCCUUGGACUUUUUCAGCGACUAAAGUGUACAUAACCUACUAUAAAUAUUUUUAAUAGAACGUGUCUCCAUUGGACUACAUCAGUUUGUCAGGGAAAGGCUCCAACCUGCAGCAGUCAUUCCAGGAUUUCACAAAGUAUCCUUUGCAUGUCUUCACUUUGCAUGUGUGCUGGCUUUGGGGGGUUUUACGGAAUCAUUCUGCCGGAUGCAGCUUCAUCAUUGCCUCGCUCAUCAGCCACAAGGUGAACAAACUUAGCGCAUGAAUACACUUUUCUAGUCAUCCUGAUGUGUUAGGACUUGAGUUUGCAAAGCACUAUCACGGUUAAUGUUUAUUUAUUUCUUUACUGCGUAUGGAUGGAUAAGAGAGUAGGACGUCAGGAAAAACGUGUAAAGCACAAAGUCAACGAGGAGUAUUACUGCAUAGCAAACAGUAUACUGUGUGGCAUUAUGGAAACCCCAGGGGCAGUCCAUGGGAAAAAGAAAGACAUAGGAUGUUGAUACAUGAGGAUUUUUCCUAGCUUCUGUUGCUUUCACAGGCAGCAUCCAAAUCCUAAAGCCAUCUGCGUUUUUAUUACUUUUCACAUCAUAUAGAAUGUAGCUUGUACAUAGCCUUUCAAUACCUACUUUUUCUAGUAUUUUCUAUCAAGGCUUCAAGUGUAUACACACAUACACACACACACACAACCAUACACACUUGUGCAUCUCAGUGAAUUUCAAUGUUUUUAAAUGUAUUUCAGUCGUUCAACACAGAAAGUGAAACUACAAUAUAUAACAUACAUUAUAGUCUAUAGAUUGGUUUACACACACGGUAAUUCAUUCUUAAACGGGACCUGUUAUGCUAAUUUCCGGCACUUUGUAUUGACUUGUGGAUUCCUAUAGAGCAGCUCCACACAAUAACCAGCACAGAAAGCUUUUUAGAUCUCCCAGAUUUAGCACUUCUUUCUGCAGUUUCUCCAUGGAUUUCCCGCUUCCCACCCAAACAGUCUUAUUUCAUUUACUCCACCCCCUGCCCUUCUGUAGGUACACCCCCUCCACUGUGAUUGGUCACACGCCCGAGUGCUCCCAAGGACUUCUGGAUACAUUGCUUAGCGUUUACAGAGUGCAGGAAAUCUGCAGCGCAAAGGCGCAAAUCUCGUUAUCUGAUUUUUGGCAUCGUUUAAAACGGGAAUACAACAUUCUAACUACAUUUAUAGGUCAGAAAAGUGGGAAAAGCAUAAUAGGUCCCUUUUAAUUAUUCAUGACCCAUGAAUAAUCUCAUGAAAUGUGAAAAAUUGCCAACAAGUCGAAAUAUUGAAAAUGAAAUGAAAUCAACUUGCAAAAGCUUCCAUUGCCUUUAAGUAGAUCGCUUUGACUACAUUGAACUCCUGAAAUCAAACACAUUUUGCACCAUAGUCUCAUUGAUUGAGAUGCGCUUAUAUACAGUAUACACGUGCAUGUGUGUGUGUGUGUGGUGUGCGCACAGGGUGUCCCAAGACUCUGGACAUUUAAUGUACACUACAUACAGUAAUAUAAAUACAUACAAAAACCUUUAAUACAUAAAAAAAAUGAACACAAGUUUAAAUAUAUAUAGUACAAUCAUUACUACUAUUAAUUAUCAAUACAAAUAUUUAGAUUUAUGUACAUGAUUAUUGGUAUUUGACAUAUUAAUUACAUAUGAAAUAUUUUGUAAUAUUUUAAUAUAGUUGUUGUUUAAUAGUUUUACCUACGUGUCCAGACUUUAUGGCAAGCCAAUAUAUACUGUACAUACUGUAUGUGUAUCCAGAAAGGAUUCAUCACAGCACUUUUCCUACAUUUUGUUACAGAGCUAUCCCAAAAUUGAUAACAUUUUCACACAACAACCGAAAAUUUACUUUCAAAAGUAAAAAAAUAAAUAUAACCCCACAAUAUUAUACUUUGCCAUGCAGAUGAAAAAUAGCAUCCAGGGGCCCUGUUGCACUAAACUACGAUAAGGAAGUAAGCCUGGAUAUUUGGAUAUCCUGGCUCGACUUAUCCAUGAUCCGCUUGCACAAAAGUGGGAUAGUGGAAAAGUGGAAUAUGUUCUGAAAUGGAGUUACCAUGGAUAUUUAUUCUGUGCUCCAGGCCAGGCUAAGGUCCAGCAUUUAUUUCAUCUCAUCCCUUAUCUCAAUCAUUAGUCACCAUAAAUGGAAAAACCAAUAAUGUACCCACAACACUUUGUCACAUUCAACUACAACCACUGUCAUUAUUUGUUAUCAUUCAUUUCAAUCAGCUCCGCUUAAUCAUUUAUCCUGGAUGUUUGAAUCCUACUUCUGUUUCCACUGAUCUCUAUUGACAUCUGUCUAUAGCUUCAUGGGAAUGGCAAAUAAAUAUUAGGUAAAUAAAUUUUAAAAAGUGCUUCUCUUUCAAGAAAAAUAUCAUAUCUACAACACAAUAAAUUUGUAAUAUUAUGACGAAAGAAAGAAAAAAAAGAUUCCCCAAAAUAUAGAAAAAAACUGUCAAUAUAAUUAUAUUUUAUUUCUACAUAUUUUUAUGAAGUUUGAUGAAAAAAAUGACAUUUUUGAAUACGGCUCUAAUAUAACAGAAUGGAGAAGUCAACACUGAAUAUUUCUGGAUGAAUUGUAUGUACAGUAUGUACACGCAUACACACACACACACACACACACACAGGAUGAGGUUAUUUUUGUUGUGUUGGGAUUCCUGGUGUUGCCUGGAAAACAACUGAAGAAAUGCUUUUAAUUGAUUUGUUCUAUGGCCUUACAUACAUUGUGGUUCUGUCUGAACAAGAGAUGAAGCUUUGAGGUAAAACUAUAUACAUAUAUAUAUACUCUAUAUAUACUGUAUAUAUAUAUACAUAUAUAUAUAUACAGUAUAUAAAAAGUAGAAAAAAAGUCUUAAAGUUUCUAUGACCAGCCUCUUGUUCAAGUUGUAGUCUCCAGGAGGGUUUGAGAAUGAUUUAAUUAGCACCUUGUGAAGUGUUUCCGUGUCAGUGAUGUAAUUUAUUAAUGUUUGUAGCUUUUUAUACUGAAACGACUGAAGAGGGUUUGGGUUUUUUUUCUAAUGUUUCAUCAACUUGUGGAGUUUCUUUUCUUUUCUUUUUAAGGUGUGCUGCAAAGUGGAACCAUGUGUCCGUCCCCCACCACUCUUGUCUUUGCUAUCAGUGUCAUAUUAUUAUUAUUAUUUUGCAAUACCGUCGUUAUAAACAUCAAUACCUUCUGUCGUUUUGCUACGGUCAACACAUUUUCCCAGUUGUUUUUUUUUUUUUUGUGCUGCGCUGUACGGCAGCAGUGAUGACAUCACAGAUGUACUGUGAGAAUAUCAUGUCACCGUUUCAUUUGUACAAAAUUGUGUUUUUAUUUUGGCCUCCCGUCUUAUUAAAGGCAUUCGCUGUGACAGGCAGCGAAUGGUAUCUGUUGUAGCCGUCUUCCCUUACUGUUAUUUACAGUAGUAGUAUUUACAAAUCCUUUUCAACCUGAAUAUAUAUUUUUCUGUAUUUAGACAAUUCUUUUUGAGAUCAUGUCUGGCUUUUUUAAAAAUGUUUCAUUCAGAGGAACAAACAUAUUGUCGUUGAAUGAUAUGCUUGUCCGCUUUGUUUACAUUUGCAAUACAGUUACUGUGGAAAAACC